AAGUCAGUGUAACUCCAUCAGUUAUGAGUUUAAGGACAGCAUGCAUCUUCCUGCGAGGAGGGAAAAAUAUUGAAAGAACACUGGCAGAUGAUGAAAUAGAAGAAUUACAAGAGGCAUUCAAUGAGUUUGACAAAGACAAGGACGGCCUGAUCGGCUGCAAGGACCUUGGGAACUUAAUGAGGAUGAUGGGCUACAUGCCCACAGAGAUGGAGCUCACUGAGCUGAGCCAGAAAAUCAACAUGAACUUGGGAGGAAAGGUGGAUUUUGAAGAUUUUGUGGAAUUAAUGGCCCCAAAACUCCUGGCAGAAACCGCUGGCAUGAUUGGACUAAAGGAACUAAAGGAUGCCUUCAAAGAAUUUGAUUUGGACGGAGAUGGAGAGAUAAGCAUGGAGGAAAUGCGGAGCGUCAUGAACAAACUACUGGGACAGCACAUGAGUCACAGAGAGAUUGACGCUGUGCUCAGGGAGGCUGACAACAAUGGGGAUGGCUCAGUGGAUUUUGAGGAAUUUGUAAGAAUGAUGUCUUGCCAAUAAAAGACAGAAGAAUUAAAAAUGUGGAAUAAGAACAAAGGGAAGGAAGAAUGUGUCAGGCCUGCCUAGUAUGUUCACCUGUAACAUGUUAAUUGUUAAUUGCCCUACCCUUAUUGUC